AGAGUGUGCUGGGCACCUGACCCCAACUUCUCUAGGACACCAGAUCUGUCUCCUCCAGCAUGCAGUCGCUGCAGCUCCUGCUCAGGGCCAGCCAUGUCGCCCUGCUCUUGGUUCUCUGUCUGCAGCUGGGGACCAACACAGCUCAGGAAGACACAAACAUACGACAGCCGAUCCUAAUGGACCUCCAGGUGCCUCAAGUGACAAGGGCAAACGAGGAAAUCACUGCGAAGCUUACCAUUCAAACAGAAUUGAGAGAAUGUAUGGUGGUUAAAACUUACCUGGCCAGCAGCAAGCCAAUUGAGGGGCCUUUUAACUAUAAAUACACCGGCUGCCUAUGUAACGAUUAUCCAAGAACAUUCUACUGGGACUUUCAGAUCAACAGUACUUUAACAAUGGCAGCGGUGGUUGACAUCAUUCCUCAGUUAGGUAUCUGCCCCAACGACGAGGCAGUGAUUCCCAUCAAAGCAAACCGGUUCAGUCUCCUGAGGAAUCUGUUUGUAUUCUGAGCUGACCAGAAGCCUCGCCUCGCUGCCCCGCACCUCACCCCACCCCAGGGUGGUUUCCUCUAAGGGAACCUAGCUGGGGUAUACGUUGUGGUCUGGAAAAUAAACUUCUCAUAGGCU